AUGGGCUCCGGGCGCCGGGCGCUGUCCGUGGUGCCGGCCGUGUUGCUGGCCCUCACCCUGCCCGGGCUGCCCGUCUGGGCGCAGAACGACACGGAGCCCAUUGUGCUGGAGGGCAAGUGUCUGGUGGUGUGCGACUCGAACCCAGCCACGGACUCCAAGGGCUCCUCUUCUUCCCCUCUGGGAAUCUCGGUCCGGGCUGCCAACUCCAAGGUCGCCUUCUCGGCGGUGCGGAGCACCAACCACGAGCCGUCUGAGAUGAGCAACAAGACGCGCAUUAUCUACUUUGAUCAGAUCCUAGUAAAUGUGGGUAAUUUUUUCACACUGGAGUCUGUCUUUGUAGCACCAAGAAAAGGAAUUUACAGUUUCAGUUUUCACGUAAUUAAAGUCUACCAGAGCCAAACAAUCCAGGUUAACCUGAUGUUAAAUGGAAAACCAGUAAUAUCUGCCUUCGCUGGGGAUAAAGAUGUUACUCGAGAAGCUGCCACUAAUGGAGUCCUACUCUACCUAGAUAAAGAGGAUAAGGUUUACCUAAAACUGGAGAAAGGUAACUUGGUCGGAGGCUGGCAGUAUUCCACGUUCUCUGGCUUUCUGGUGUUCCCCCUAUAG